AUGGAGCUACCGACAUAUACCAAGCAAUGGCACAACGAUGUGUAUCCAGACAUUGACGCGUAUCGACCGGAACUCUCUGUCAACGGCAAAAGAGUCGUUGUUACAGGAGGUGGUGGAGGCAUUGGAUCAGCGACUGUCGAAGCAUUCGUUGUCGCGGGUGCAAUGGAGGUCGUGAUACUGGGCCGAACAAAGCAGACUCUAGAAGCAACCAAGUCGGUCAUCUCGAGCAAACACCCAAACGCCAACAUUGUCCCCCUUGUGACCGAUAUUGCGCGGCCCGAAAGCGUGACAGAGGCUUUUGCGAGCAUUGCAGGCCGAGGUUUGAUCGAUGUCUUUGUCAACAACGCAGCUUACCUAUCCAUUGGUACGGUUGGUAAUUCAGACCCAAUAGAGUGGUUCAAGGUCUACGAGACCAAUAUCAAGGGAUCCUUGCUUGUCGUUCAAGCCGUCUUGAAGAACAUCAAUACCCAGGGCGGAACCAUCAUCAACGUCAGCUCCGCUGCCGGACACCUGCAGUAUGUGCCUGGCUAUUCGGCCUAUGCCACCAGCAAGAUCGCAUCUGCCAAAGCCUUUGAAUAUUUGCAACACGAGAAUCCAGACCUGAAAGUCUUCAACCUGCAACCCGGUAUCAUCGAGUCCACCAGUAUCGCCACGAAGGCUACCCUGCAUAGCGGACUAUCCUUUCCACAACAGGAUACUGUUGAGCUACCAGCCAACUUCAUGGUGUGGUUGUGCUCGCCAGAGGCGGCGUUUUUGAAGGGACGAUUCGUCUGGGCCAAUUGGGAUGUGAAAGAGCUGCUACAGAAAAAGCAGCUCCUCGAGAAUGACCCAACUCUAUUGACAGUUGGUUUGUUGGGCUGGCCGCAGUAG